AUGUGGAGAUUGAGUGAGAUUGUGAGGCACCCAGAUGAGAUAUAUCCACUGUUGAAGCUGAGAAUGGAGAUUAAGAAAACUCAGAAGCAGAUUCCACCUGAGGACCACUGGAGUGUAUGCUAUCCUUUGCUCCACAGUGUUUCUAGAAGCUACUCCCACGUCAUUCACCAACUCCACCCUGAGCUUCGCAACGCCACGUGUGUGUUCUACUUGAUUCUCCGAGCUCUUGAUACCGUCGAGGAUGACACAAGCAUAGCGAAGGAGGUCAAGCUUCCCAUACUUAAAGAUUUCCACCGUCACAUGUACAAUCCCGAGUGGCACUUUUCAUGUGGUAGGAACGAGUACAAAGUUCUAAUGGACAAAUUCUACCAUGUGUCUUCUGCUUUUCUGCAAAUUAAAAGAGGGUAUCAAGAAGUUAUCGAAGAUAUUACUAAAAGAAUGGGUGCAGGAAUGGCCAAGUUCAUUUGCCAGGAGGUAAGCACUACUGAUGACCACAAUGAAUAUUGCUACUAUGUUGCUGGGCUUUUGGGUAUUGGCCUCUCAAAACUCGUUUUCGCUUCGGGAUUAGAAGUUUCAACACCGGAUUCGGAGCAACUUGCCAAUUCAAUGGGUUUGUUUUUACAGAAAACAAACAUUAUCAGAGAUUAUCUUGAGGACAUUACUGAAAUACCGAAGCCACGCAAGUUUUGGCCUCGACAGAUUUGGAGCAAAUAUGCUGACAAGCUCGAGGACUUUCAAGAUGAGGAGAAUUCGAGCAAAGCAGUGCAAUGCUUAAAUGAUAUGAUCACUGAUGCAUUGAUGCAUAUUGAAGAUUGCUUUAAAUGCAUGGCUUCAUUGCGUGACCCUACCAUAUUCCGGUUUUGUGCCAUCCCUCAGAUCAUGGCGAUUGGAACACUUUCAUUAUGCUAUGACAAUGUACAAGUAUUUAGAGGCGUUGUGAAAGUGAGGCGAGGUAUAACUGCUAAAGUAAUGGAUCGCACAAAAACAAUGGAUGAUGUCUAUGGUGGUUUCUAUGAAUUUUCUUGCAUUCUGAAAGCAAAGGUCAAUGAAAAGGAUCCAAAUGCCACGAAGACACUAAACCGACUUGAAGCGGUCCAGAAAAUAUGCAGAGACAGUGGCGUCCUUCAUAAAAGAAAAUCCUUGCUUAACAACGGAGCACAAUCAAAACCUCUGUUUAUUGUAAUGCUGCUAGUGCUUCUCCUGGCUGUAGUCUUUGCGUAUCUCAGUUCAAACCAGAGUGACGGAAGUACCGGCCCAAUAUGA